AUGUCGAACUAUUAUCACCCGAGGUUGAGGAAUCAUGAAAACUUCUCUUAUGCCAACAGCAAGAAUGUCCAACAAUCAACUCCUGGUUUUAAUGCUCAAGCACAAGCAGAGAAGAAACAAUCUUUGGAAGACAUAUGGGGUCCAAGUGGGACAACUCGCAACUACGAUUGGCUCUCAACAGAAAAGGAGAAUUUUCCUACUGACUUAGAAGUGAACUCCAAGGAGCAAUGUAAAGCCAUUUAUAUGAGAAGUGGUAAGAAGAUUGAAGGGGAUGUGACUGAGGAAGAAAGGACUCUUCCAAGGGUGGAUAACAAUAUUAAAUGUGAGCCAGUGAUUAACAUCAACAUUCCAUUUGUUGAUGCUCUUGAGAAAAUUCCCAAUUAUUUCAAGUUUGUGAAGGAGGUGUUGUCAAAGAAAAGAAAGUUUGAGGAUUAUGAGACCGUGAAGCUUAAAGAGGUAUGCAGUGCCAUACUUCAUAAAAAUUUGCCUCAAAAGCUAAAGGAUCUAGGUAGCUUUACUAUUCCUCGUAAGAUUGGGGGAUCUUCAUUUGAUAAGACUUUGUGUGACCUUGGAGAUGUCUUAGUUAAAGUGAAUAAGUUUGUAUUUCCUGCUAAUUUUGUGGUGCUUGAUAUGGAGGAAGAUCAUGAGAUUCCAUUUAUUAUUGGUCGCCCUUUCUUAGCUAUCGGUGGAACACUUAUUGAUGUGCAAGCAUGUCAUUUAACCUUGCGAGGUAAUGAAGAGAAUGUUCGAUUUGAUAUUUACAAUGGUGCAAAUUGUCCAGUGACUAUGAAUACUUUCAAGAGGAUUGAAUCAUUCUCUCCUUUAGAAAGUGAAGAUAAAAAAAUGGGAGAUGUGUGUAGAUCCUUUACAGCAUGGUAG